AUGAAUAUUGUAAAGUGGAUCUCUUUGAUAAUGCAAACUAUAUGCGUACUAAACGGCUUUGAUUAUUAUCAUGAACAAUCAAUGCAAUCCAUACUUAUGUCUAAGUUCGCAAUGUUACCGAAUGGAUCAUAUUUCGGCUACAGCAUUACUUAUCAAUCACAAAGUCAAAGCUUGGUGAUUAGUGCUCCCAUGGCAGACAAAAUAGGCCAAGUUUUCAAUUAUGAUAUAAAAAGCAGCAAUUUGACAAAAAUUGACUUCGAAAUCAGAAGAGAAGUUGAAAAUGUAACAAACUACUGGCUUGGAGCAACGGUGAAAGCAGGACCUUCCUUCUUUACGUUACUCCGAGAACACGAGGUUUUAUGGAAAAUAAAAGACAAGGACUACCUCGAACUGGAUGUUAUGAGGUAUUACUUAGAAAAAUGA